AUGCCUGGGGUAGAAAUUGAUCGAUCUACCUUAUGGAAGAAAGCUAGACAGGACAAACAUGGUAACAUCCCAUAUCCAAAGGUGGCAGAGAAAGCAAAAUUAAUUGAUGAAUUGCAAAAACGAGUCUCGGAAGGCAGUCUCAGUGUAUCUGGCAGCAAUGAUGUGUUGACCAUGGCUUUGGGUCCCGAGCAUCCAGGGAGAGUGAGUGGGGUAGGUGCUGGGAUUUCCCCUAGGCAGUACUUCAAUUUACCCAAACAACAGAGGAUUAAGUUUGCCGAUCAUUUAAAGGAAAGUGUCAGACUUGUCCUUCAAGAAGAGACUAAGAAGAUGGAAGCUAGGUCAAGGGAAGAGACUUUAAGGAUGGAGGCUAGAACCAAGCAAUUGGUAGAGGCUAAGAGGAAAAAUUUACUGAGUCAGCUUUCCCAACUCAUCCCCAAUUUUGAUCCAAGCAUGCUUAAACCGAAAACUAGCCCCUGUCAAAACCAAAGUCCCAAAAAUCCAAUGUCUCACAAAGCAAGCUGCUCUGGGGCUGAUGUGAGAUCUCUACAUUUUGAGGAUGAUACUGCCAAAAAUGGGGAACAGCAGGAAGAAACAGUGCCAUCUUCCUUACAAUCCCUUUGUCGUUAUGUGGAAACGACACUAAAGCCUCAGGAGAAGAUCAUGACCUUCACAAUUGAGAAGGAGGUGUUUGGUGCAGAUCGCAGUACCUUCGUCUUGCAUGAAGAUAUUACACAAUUAGCAGGCAUGGAAGAAAUUGGGGCUACUGUGGUUGCAGUAUAUAUGAGGUGCUUAUAUGAUCGUUUGAGAGAAGCAAAUAUGUGCAACAUGGUUGGCUUUAUCGACCCUGCUCAAGUUAGUGCCAACGCUGGCCGUCAUUGGGUCUUGCUGAUUGUGAGAGCAAAGAGGGAAACUGUCUCUUUUCUGGAUCCUCUGCCUGGAAAUCGUGUGGUUGAUGAGGAGGCCAAAAACAUCGUGAACAGUGCUUUAAAAAUUUAUAAUUCCCACAUAGGCAGACCAGGCCGUAAAGCACCAAUUUGGAAAACUCUGCCAGGCACACCAAAGCAACCCAACAGUGUCGAAUGCGGGUAUUAUGUGAUGCGCUUCAUGAGGGACAUCAUCAUGGAUCCUUCCCUGGAGUUUGAGAAGAAGCUUAAUAAUCAUUGUUUAUGGAUUGCAAUUUGCCAAGGGAAAAGAGCAAGCGCCAUCCCCCAAGCAGCCAUUGAUGAAGUCCGGAAUGAAUGGGUAGAGUUUGUUUGCCUUCAUAUGGAGUAG